AUGUUGAUUUAGAUAUUAUAUUAUGUUGAUGUCCCAUUUUCACAUAGGCUUACACAUGAUAAACUAAAAAAAGAAAAACAUUAAGCCCAGUUGAAAACUGAUGAAUGAUGAACUCAAAAAAUAAAUACCAUCAUGUAAAACAAUAAACUUGAUGAAAUAUUUUUUUAUUCACCUAAAGCAGCAAACACCAUGCAAUUAAUCAAACCACAGCCAAAGCCAAGCAGGUAGGUUGUGCUUAGUGAGGCAUGAAUCAUGUGUGCAGGUCAAAAGUAGCAAGUAGGAAGCCUCAUCAGGUGUUUCAUGCCUUGGUCUCUGAAUCAGAUAUGAACUGUUAUUGUGCAGAGAUUUAAAUGGAAACAGAUGGAAGUGGCAUCUGUUCAUUGCUAUAGUACACAAUGUUAUUCUCUUGAGUUUCUCUUUCCAUACAUAAAAUAUUGCAUAAGAUAUGCAUGGUUGGUGCUAGUUGGAAGUCUGACCACCUUAUUAAAAAUAUAAUAAUGAUUAACUAACCACUUAACUCUUCCCAAAUAUAUUAUGAAAUUAGCUGAUUUAUCUAAAAAUUUUUCGGUCAUACUAUAGAAGCUGAUCAUGCUAAAGUAAUUACGUUAAUCGCGACACGAGGAAGGAGAUGUCCGAAGGUAGUACUAAUAACCAUAACUUGAAGAUGCGAUUGAAUCAUCUCAUUUUUCAAAAGAGCUAAUUUGUUUUGGUUUCGCGUUACUUCAUAUUUAAAAAAAUCUUAAUUUUUUAGGUCAUAUGGUGUUGAAAUACCUGUAAGUAGAAAUUUUCUUGAUGACAGGUCUUACAUUUGAGGAGACUAAUAACAGUCCCAAUAUUUCUCAGCAACACAACUCUCCAUUUUGUUGUCAUGUUCUUUUCCACCUUCCACCCUCCUUAAGACACACCUUGCAUCUCCUGCCUCUCAUAUCUCACCAUUCUAUCACCAUAUGUCUUAUGUCCAAGCUUCAUUGUCUCAUGCUUUUGUACAUCUGGAGAGUUAAUUUCCCCUGCAAGUGCACAAGGAAAGAGCAAGGAGGUUCUUGGAUUGCAUUUCCAUGAUUGCUUCAAACUGAGAUGGAGUGGUGCUGGUGAAGGUGAAGGUGAAGACAUGGCUUUCUUCGUCAACUUCUGCUGGUCCAUCAUCACCAGUUCUUUGAUUUGGUUGUGCUGUUUCAUGGCCAUGCAUCUGUUCAGAAUUAGGCAACGAAAUAGCUUUCAGAAAGACCUCAAAAUUCCUGGAGUCACUGAUUCAUGUACUAGGGAUGAUGAUGAUGAAUCCAAGGAGAAAGAGACACCAAGUCUCAGCUUCAAGUUUCAGUAUCAGCUUUCUGAUCGUUCUGCAAGAAAAGAUGAACCCUCUAUGAAACCAAGCAUUGACAAUCUUGGCUUCCUGUCCGAGAAUGAUUUCAGUGGCUUCAUGGAAGGAGCAAGCAUAGGUGGAAUCGAAGACCAGAAGUUUCUGCAUGCUGAGCCGUUGGAGGAGGAAAAUCCAGUGAGUUGGAAGACUAAUCCUUCAACUGAACCCGAAAUCACUGAUCGAGAAAGGUUUCUGUCAGAGUUCUCCGGCUUCGACUCGGACACCGAGUCCCUCGGUGCAAGUGAUGGUUACUCGGUGAAGGACCUCAUUGUCGAUUCGGAUAGUGAUGGUUUGUUGUCGGAGAGAGACCUCGAUGAGUAUGAGCAUCAAGCCGAAGCUAUAGAAGUCUCGAUCAAUGCCACUAAAUUUCAAGUACAACAGUUCGAAGAUAUCAGAAGAUUUGAAGAAACAGAGUUGCAAUCUACUCAGAAUCGUGAUACAGAAUCUGUUACUGCAGAUGGUGAAUUUUGUCCUUUCAAAAAUCAUAGAAGACAUAUAAAGUGCGCAGGAAAUGGAUCAGACAACUCUGAGCCUGAAUUAGAUAAAAUUCAGAAGAUUCAGGCAUCAAAAUUGCUGCCAAUGGAACUGAUUGAUUCCAGUGAUGUUGAGCUUCAUACAACCGAGAAGCAUAGCAGUACAAGAAGAGGUUCUGAUCAAGUCCUCUCCUCGAAUGAGGUUUUUCAUGAUGGUCAUCUUGGAUCAAUUCCCAGCUCAGAAGAAGAAGAACAAGCACUGCUCAAAGCAGAAUUGGAUGAACUGGAAGAAGAACUUGGAAUAGAAGAGAAAGUACCAAAUCAGAGCAGGCAGAAAGAAGACACGGAUUUAGAAGACUUGGAUGAUGAGGAGGACUAUGAUGAUUUGGAAUCUCUCUGGGAACAUCAGGAUCUGAUGGAAGAGCUCAAAUUGGAGAUGAGAAAAUUGAGAGCCGUCGGUCUACCGACCAUCUUAGAGGAAUCAGAAGCCCCCAAAGCGGUUGAUGAUCCAAAACCGUGGAAGAUCCACGAGACACUCCUGCAUGAAGAUCCCAUGGAUGAGCUUCACAAGUUCUACAAGAGUUACAGGGGGAGGAUGCGGAAGUUUGACAUCUUAAACUACCAAAAAAUGUAUGCAAUAGGCUUACUCCAGCUAAAGGAUCCUCUUCAGUCAAUGAAAUCUCAAAGAUCCUUAAUUCCAACACUCAAAUCUCUUCUUCCUCAGAGUUUAUGGCCUAGAGGUCUUAAACCGGGUACCGAUCUAUCAGAGGAGUUCAUCAAGGAACUGCAAAGUGAUCUGGAAAUGGUCUAUGUUGGGGAAACAUGCCUUUCAUGGGAAUUCUUACUUUGGCAAUAUGAGAAAGCUCGGGAGCUGCCACAAUCCGCUCGAUACCGCAACCAUCAGUACAAUCAAGUAGCUGAAGAAUUCCAACAAUUUCAGGUGAUCUUGCAAAGGUUUAUAGAGGAUGAGUUUUUCAAAGGUUCAAGAUUACCCAAUUAUGUCAAACAUCGAUGUGGUAAUCAGAAUCUUCCUCAAGUUCCUCACAUAAGAGAGGAUAACUUGAAGGAGAAGAUGGAGGCUCAACUCAAAGGUAAUCAUAUCGUUUGUAGUGAAGUUCUUGAAGAAAUCAUGGAGGAAUCUAUUAGGAUCUUUUGGGAAUUUGUCAAGGCGGAUAAGGAUGAAACUCCUUGGAUGCUGAAGGGUCUACUUGGAACUCAUGUCCAACUUCAAGAUCCUGCUGACUUUAAGUUCAUGGCAAACGUACAAUCCAAUUUACAGAAGAAAGAAAAGAAACUCAAAGACAUUUUACGAAUCCGCAACUGCUUGGUAAAGAAGUUCAAGAAGCCUAAAGAAGACGGAUCGAAUCAAGACCUCUUCUCUCAAGUAGACCUAAAGUUGGUGGCACGAGUACUUCGAAUGUCUCGAAUUACAACUGAACAGCUGGUGUGGUGUCACACAAAAUUGAGCAAUAUUGUGUUCAUCGAAGGAAAAGUUCAUAGAGAGCCUUCAUUUUUGCUCUUUCCAUGCUGAGAUUGACAUUGUACUUUGUUUGAGAAUAUAUUUCCAUGUAAAUGUAGGAGAAUUAGGCUUGUCAAUCAAUCUUCUUUUUCUUACAGCA